AUGGGAGACUAUCAGGAUUUGCUGUCGCAAGCCGGACGGUCGCAGUCCCUUUCCAAUGGAUUUCACUCUGAAUCGUCACCGUCGUCACAAGCAGAGCUGGACGCAUCCAACAUCAAGAUCACGUUGACCAAGCAACCACGCUCCGUGCCCGCGCCAGGGUCAGCGGAGGAGAAGUCGCAGAAGGUCUGUACCGAUCAUAUGGUGUCGGCGCAAUGGACUCUUGAGAAGGGCUGGGCGCAGCCGGAAAUCACGCCCUAUGGGCCGCUCGCCAUCAUGCCCACGGCUAACGUGCUGCACUAUGCGACUGAGUGUUUCGAGGGCAUGAAGCUGUACCGGGGCCUCGACGGCAAGCUACGUCUAUUUCGACCCUAUGCCAACUGCCUGCGCAUGUUGACCUCGGCGCAACGAAUCUCCUUGCCAGGCUUUGAACCCACGGCUCUGCUGGGCAUGAUCAAAAAGCUGUGCGCGCUCGACGGACCCAAGUGGCUGCCGCAAGACCGCCGCGGCAGCUUUCUGUACAUUCGACCUGCGAUGAUUGGCACCGACUCUUGUCUCGGAUUCGAAGUGCCCAAGGAGGCCCUGCUGUUCGCCGUGAUUUCGUACUGGCCUCAGCCCGCGAAACCGACCAAAGGUAAAGGACUGCGUCUCUUCGCCAGCCGCGAGGACGAGUUGCGCUCCUGGCCUGGUGGUACCGGGUUCGCCAAGAUUGGUCCCAACUACGGCCCUGCGCUGCUCGCUCAUGGCGUGGCCAAGAAGAUGGGCUAUGACCAGGUUCUCUGGCUCUACGGACCGGACUGUCAGCUCACCGAGGCGGGAUCUUCUAAUGUGUUCCUGAUCCGGCGAUCACAGGACGGCCACCUACAGAUGAUUACAGCGCCCUUGGACGAAAAGACCAUACUUGCCGGCGUCACGAGGCAGAGCGUCCUUGACCUCGCCCGGGAGAAGUUCGCCAAGGACCAAGAUGUCGUGGUGGAAGAUGCGACAGGCCCUCAGCACGUUGCGGCUGUGGAGGUCAUUGAGAGGAAUUACACAAUGUCCGAGCUGCUCGCUGAUCUGGAAAAGGGUAACCUCCUCUCCGUGUUUGUGGUGGGCACGGCCGCGUUCGUCACCGCCGUGUCGCAGAUCGACUUUAGAGGGCAAAACAUCCAACUGGAGACCGAUGCUACGUAUCAUACCGAGCUUCUCCGCCAGUGGAUGUAUGAUAUAAUGUAUGGAAAGGUAUCGAGUGGGUGGGCCGACAUCAUAGAAGAGGAAGGUUAG